AUGGAGGUUGUCCGCCUGGUUGACUCUGUUCUAAAGAAGGUGGAGAAUGUGAGGAACAUGAUCAAGGAAGAUAAGAAGGCAGGAGUUGAUCUCAGGAUUGGCCUGGAAAGUAUCAAGUGCGAGAUGGCAAUGAUGUCUUCUGACGUAAAAAAAAUCUGGUCGAAGAAAGCUGAGAAGCCGGAGGAAUGGAUCUUCUUACUCCAAGACCUGGCUUAUGAUAUUGAGGAUUUCAUCGAGCGUCGUGGGCGGGAUCCCCAAACAUCUGCGCCCGUUCGUCUUCUUCAUGUAGCCAUGGUAAUGGAUCCCCGUCCCGAGCACAUCGCUCGCAUUGAGCACUUCAAGAAUCAAAUCAGUAGGAUACAAAGCUCCAGGCAAAAAGAUGAAAGCCAUCCAACGACGCAACCGACGUCAACCAAGAAAGCUGAAGGUAAAAGCGGGCACGGCCCUGGAGUUGCCGGCCCCUCUGCUUGCUCUGGUGCUGCUGGAUCUUCGUCGGCUAGUCUUACUCCUUGCGAGUAUAAUAAGCAUCUAGGCACUGGCAAAAGUGACAUCCUGGAGCUGCUGUUAGGAGACGAUGGCCAACAGAAGGAGCUCAAGGUGAUCUCCAUCUUGGGGUUCAGCGGCUCUGGAAAGACUACCCUCGCACGGGCAGUGUACAAGGAUGAAUCUGUUAUUAAGCGAUUCCCUCACCGAGCCUUUAUUGACGUCUCCGUAUUCAGGCACGCGUUCGGAAUUCUACAAAGUAUUCUCCAACAAGUUCGUCCGGGAGCAGUCCCGUUGCAGACCACGUCCAGCAUCAUGGUGACAGGAUAUCUCCAAGAAUUCCUGGGUCGCAAAAGGUACCUUGUGAUCAUCGAUGGAGUGGAGCUUCCACAAGAUUGGCGUGACAUCAAAGCAGCUUUCCCCAGCAACGAGGAAGGCAGCAGAGUAGUUGUAAGCACGCGUACUCAAUCCGUGGCCGCCGCCUGCAGCUGUGGCAGUUACCUUUACAAAAUUCGAGCACUUGACCGGAAUGAGUCGGAGGAUCUGUUCUGGGGAAAGCUGGGUCCAGAGAAUCGUCGACCUUCACUGGAGGAGGAAUUGGGAACCUUAUUCGAUAAGUGCGACGGUUUACCAGAGGCACUGGUCCAGGCAGCUGAGUACUUGAGCAAGGAGGGCGCAACGGAAAAAAAAUGUGAAGAAGUUGGCCGCGCACUUGGUGCCUACAUAGCAGGCGACGACCCCGCGUUCCGGGAGAUGAAGAGAUCGCUUCUGCAGUGCUACGACAGCCUCCAUGACCAAUGCCACAAGGCGUGCAUGCUCUCCGUGGGCAUGUUCCCAAGGGGGCAUCGGAUCAGGAGGAAGAGCUUAGUCAGGCGGUGGAAAGCCGAAGGACUGCUGGUAGGAGAUGUCUAUUUCAGCGAGCACGAUGUGGCCUUAGGCUGCCUUGACAAGUUGGUCGACCUCGGAGUCAUUGAGCCGGUGCUGCUCGGCGACAAUUCCAAGGUGAAGCGCUACAAGGUCUAUGGUGUGAUGCUGGAGUUCAUCGUGCACCGCUCGGUCUCGUGGAACUUCAUCACGCUGAUUGACCACGGCAAGGUCGUGCGAAGCUACGCCACCGGCUGUCAUCCCCGUCGGCUCUCUGUCCACGGAACCGGCGUAACACAAGAAGAAAUAGGAAAGAUAGAGUUAUCUCGCAUCAGGUCACUGACUAUAUGCGACAGCAACAAGAUGGACUUUGACAAGUGUGAGUUGCUUCGAGUGCUUGACCUGGAAGGCUGCACCUGGCUUGAGGAUGCCCAUCUUGACACCAUAUGCAAAUUGCUGUAUCUCAAGUAUCUGAGCCUCCGGAGUACACGGGUAAGUAAGCUCCCCAGGAAAAUGAAAGACCUGCACUGUUUGGAGACGCUGGACGCACGGGAUACACGGGUCGAAAUGCUGCCCAUGGAGGUCCUGAUGCUGCCGCAGCUUGUGCACCUGUUUGGCGAGUUUCAGCUGCCUGCCGAGCUUGGAGAUGCCAAACGGAAGGACAAGCUCGCGAAUUUUUUCUCUGACAACAGUAGGCUGCAGACUCUGGCUGGGUUUAAAAUAGUCAAGAACACAGGUUUCGAGCAGAUUCUGCUUCACUGCGGAACACUUAGGAAGGUCAAAAUAUGGUGCAAGAUUCCUCCUCCUCCUCCUCCUCGCCGUUCACGUAUAAAACUUGCUAGCUGCUUCAAGGUAAAGGAAGUUUCCACUCCUAGCUUGACCGAAAGUUUCGUCGCAUCGCUUGCUGCUAGCUUUCCUAGACUUGAGUCAUUAUCAAUUGAUUUCAAUGGUAUCUGCACAAACUUCCUGGAUUCGGUCCUCACGGCUCCCUCCACUCUGAGUUCUCUCAAAAUAUGGGGUAAAAUGGAGAGUCUGCCUACCUCUGCUACCUUGAGUAAUCUACGUACUCAUCUAAGAGAAUUGCACCUUUCCAAGACCGGCUUGAGUUCCAAAGUGUUGUCACGCCUGCAGAACUUGGAUUGCUUGGUCUGUCUGAGGCUUACAGAGGACCGUCCAGGUCCCUGGGAUGAUGACACUUUUCUUGUGGAACCCAAUAAAUUCCAAAGCCUACUGCAAAUAUCCUUCCAUGGCCCAAAGCUUCCACGUGUGCAGAUCGAACCUGGAGGCAUGCGUUGUCUCAUCUCUCUUCAUCUCGUCUGCCCAGAGCCCGAAAAGGAGCUCGGCGUCCAAGGUAUCACACAUCUCCACAUGCUUAACCAGGUAAUGCUUCAUCCUGAUGCAAGCGAGGAGAAAAUACAAGCGUGGAAAGAGGAAGCAGUCCUGCACAAAAACAGGCCGUAUGUCAAGAAGCAACUCAUGAGCAGCAACGUGCAUGCAUAA